AUGAAAAACUGCGGACCAGAUUUCCACGAGAUGAUGCUGAGUAAAGGCGUUUUGGAAACGUGCAUGGAAUUAGGAAGCAACACGACGACGAAUCACAUCGUGAGGGAUAAAGUUCUGCAUUUAAUUCGAGAGUGGUCUGAACAUCUGAACAUGCGAGAGUUUAAAGGCGUGUACAGAGAGUUGACGCGAUACGGGGUGAGAUUUCCGGAGAGAGACGAGUUUGUACAUCCAGGAGGGGGUGGUGGAAGAGGAGGAGGAAGAGCGACAAGAGAUACUAAAUACGACGAUUUCUCGAACGUGGACGUUACGGGAGACCGGAUGAUAGGAAUGAACGGCGGCGAACCGUUGCAUUACCCGGCGGCACCGCCAUCGCAACCUUCGCUCGGGAUUCCUCGACACUCCCAAUCUGUUCCGGUAAAACAAGUUUUAAAGUACGACGCGGCAAUGAGCGAGGAGGACAGACGAGCAAUUGAGAUGGCGCUGAGAGAAGAAGAGGAAGCCGUGGGAGGUGGGGGAGGUAUGGCGUACGACGGCGGCCGAGACGGCGCGCUUGGGAUGACCAGAGCGCAAAGAAACGAGUUGCCCGGGGGCGGGCACUGGUCUUCCAAGAGAUAUCAAAGGUCGAUUGGAAAUCCAAACAAGUACAAGUUAGACGGGAUCGGACGAAAACCAGAAGGACUGAUGCCGGUGGAAGGCAAGUUUGUGAAUAGAACGAUUUCUUUGACAAAAGCGCAAGAACACCCAGAUAGAAUACGAGCGCGCGAGAGAAAAGCGAGCGAUGUCGUCGAAUCUGCGCAAUCUAUUUUGUGCGUUUUUGAGGAGACGUUGAGUGCUCCCGAUAAAGAUGACGACCUGUGUGGAAUUCUCGCGGAACAGGCGAAAGAAUCGAGUUCAUCUUUAGUCGCUUUAUUGACGGAAGAAGACGGCGACAUGGAUGAAGCGCUGACGUCGAAACUGAUAGAAUUGAGCGGAAAGUUGAACGUCGCGAUUCAAAAAUACGAGAGAAUCGGGAACGAUCGCGCGCCGCAAACAUCCUCGUCGCCGGCAACAACGACGACGCAUCAGCAGCAGCAACAACAACGACAAGUGCAACACGACUUACUCGGGUUAUCAUCCGAUGGAGGAGGUUUUAACGAAACCACGAUUUCUUCACCCAACCCGUUCCUUACGAAGGCACCGUCGAGUGUUCCGUCUGUUCGAUCAGCCGCGACCAGUGAUGAAGCGUUCGACGAGAUUUUCGGUAACAGUUUUUCGCCGCACUCUCCGCCACAACAAUCGAGUCGGCCGAUGUCAUUACGCGAGCAGUACAUGCUUAAACAACAACAACAACAACAACAACAACAAAAUCAGCAACAACACGCUGCGCAAGGGUCGCCAUCGAAUAGUGUAAUCUCCUCGCAGUUUCUUACGCCCGCGUCCUCCUCUCCGCCCAGCUCAAAAGCAUUGAACGGGAGUGCAACUCCUCUAGGAUUCGAAGCGAAACGCGAAAAGGAACGCCAAGAGGCGACUUUGCACGACCCCUUUGCAUCGCUGGCCAUUAAUGCAGGGUUAACGCCGAAGAAAGGUGUUACGACGAAAAGCGCUUCUUCGUCUCCUCCGACGAGCUCUUCGGGUCAAAAAAGAGUUGUGAACAGUGAAAUGGGAACGCCGCCGCAGAGACCGUCGACGUUACAAAGGUCUCCGACAAAUCCAUUCGAUAACGACUUUAAAUACCCAAAGAUUUGA